GAAGCAGUCACUCCCUCGCCCAACUUCCUUCCCGGAGUUGCUGCUGCUGCUGCUGCUGGUCGAGGGAAUCCGUCUGUUGUCUCUUCAGCCUCCCCAAACCUCCGUGUACCCGAAGGAACGUGGCGGGGGGGGGGGGAAUCCGGGCGUUCCCACGUGGAUUGGAGUAGCAGCUGUUGCAUUGAAUAGACGGAGAGGGCACGUCCAUACGGCCCCUCUCGUGUUAGUUUCUUCCCAAAGGCGAUUAGGCGAAACUUAAAACUGGGUGUUUCAAGUCAACUCGACCAGGCGAAUUUAGGAAACCAGCAACAACUGCAUUCCCCAAGAAAGGGCCGUACCUGCGAUCCUGUCAAGAGCGAGUGUCUCUGCGUACGUGCAGAGUGCAGAGGGGGCUGGUCUUUUAGGCAGGUGUGAGCUCUGGUACCACACCCUCCCCCAACACCAUACUAACCCUUCACUUCUGCCCUUAAAUUCACAAUGGAUGAAGACAAGGAGGGUAUGGAAGAAGAGAAGCCAGAAGAGAUACCUACCUCAGACACAGCAAUACUGUUUCAAGAUGGAAGUGUGCUGGAUGUGGCUGGGCCGUUGGUGAAGAAUAAGGAGAGAACCUUGAGGCCACAAAGGAAAAGGCUGAGAACUAGAGUGAAGAAGGACAUGGAAGGGACCCAGAGCAUUCAGCCUCAGACCCCUCCAAAGAAGCAGAGAUUGCUUGUCAGGCCGGGCAAAGGUGAAGAGGAAGGGGGUCCUCCAUUCAAAGUGAAGAUGCUCAAAAUCCCCGUGGAUGAUGACUCUCUAGAUUCUUUGGCUCUUCCAGAUGGGCUGUCUCCAGAAGAAGAUGGUGGUGAGAAGGGGCUGGUACUUAGAAGAAGAGUGAAGAAGGAAAAAGAUGAGGAAGAGGAUCUGGAGUUUGAAGUGGAGGUGUGUGGGGACUUGUCUUCCAAGGAAGAAGAGCAGGUGAUUAAAGUAGAGUUGGAGGAACAGAAAGCUCAAGAAUUCGAGGUUCAAAAAAUUACCAUCCCGUUAAGUGGAGUUUUGCCACCCACCUCUUCACGCCCAAAUACAUGUGGCAUAUGUGGUAAGAAUUUCAGCCGCCGCUCUAACCUGGCCAAGCACCAGAUCAUCCACACGGGCGAGAAGCCUUACCGGUGCAAUGACUGUGGCCGCAGCUUCAACCAGAGUUCAGCCCUGACCAAGCACCAGAGAACACACACGGGGGAGCGCCCCUAUGUUUGCGGAGACUGCGGCAAGGCCUUCACAGCCAGCUCCAACCUCCUCCAGCACCGGCGUUUCCACACUGGUGAGAGGCCCUACCGGUGUGAGUUAUGUGGCAAGGCCUUCUCUCAGAGCUCCAACUACAAUUUGCACCGGCGUGGCCACACGGGUGUCACGCCAUACCAAUGCAACGUGUGCGGCAAACGCUUCACUGGGAGCUCCUGUCUUACGCGCCACCAGAGGACCCACACUGGAGAGAAGCCAUACCAGUGCCAGGAAUGUGGCAAGCGGUUUUCCGGGAGCUCUACUCUAGCCAACCACCGGCGAACCCACACAGGCGAGAAACCAUACGUCUGCGCUGAGUGUGGCAAGAGGUUCACUCAUCACUCCAACCUGGUGGAUCACUGGAGGGUGCACACAGGAGAAAAACCUUACGUGUGCACCGAGUGUGGGAAGAGCUUUCGGCUCAGUUCACACAUCAUUCGCCACCGUCGCACUCAUGCCAAUGCCCGAGGCGCCGGUCUAGUUCAUGAUCUUCUCAACAGCGAUGACACACAUCAUGCAGAUGCUGGUGUCAAGUCACACCACAUCGGCCUUGGUUGUGACAGCGACGGUAACACUAUUAUUAACCCUCACGAUGCCAUAUGUGCCAAUACCAGCAUCUCCAAUGGCAGCAAUGAUACUGAUGGGGAAGAGGGCAGCCGGCUUCUUAUAUGCAGCCAGUGUGGGAAAGGUUUCUGCCUGGAAUCCAGUUAUCAAGAUCAGAAAGACUCAGCCUUGGGUGAGGGGCCUUAUAGUUGUACUGAGUGUGGUAGCAGCUGUUGGACAUAGCUAGAGGACAGUGGUGCUGAGGACCAGAGCUUCAGUGGCCCGGAAGGCAGUAGAGAACUAAAUCAGAAACUCUUCAUGGCGAGAAAAAGAGGCUUGUUGAAAAUCCAUACUAGAAGUGGAUAUGGACUAGGGGGGAAAUGCUGUACUGCAAGCCCCAAAUUUUUAUCCCAACUGUGAAAGGGCGACCUUGGGGUGUCAUAUGUAUGGAGCUGACCUCAAGUUUGCUUUUUCGUUUCUGAGGAAAUAAAUGAAAGGGGCUGGGGAGUUUGGCACUCAGAGAGAACUGGAUUAAAUCAGUGCCUCAAGAGGACUUUAGGAAGAUAUUCUCUGUUCCCCCUCCUGACUUGUUCCCUACAUUUUAGUUCUCUUAUUCUCUGUUCCCUGCAAAGGACAAUACCUGUGUUUGCUUUGUUUGGCAUUUUUGAAAAAGAGCAUUGGGAAAACUGGGGAGACAGGUGAGGGUAUGGAAAUCAAUUUUGACUAACUGAUUUGUGUUGCUGGAUCCCCUUUCUGUCUAGCAAGGGUACAAUGGGGGACUGGGGAUGUAUAUAGUAGUAUGUCUGGAUGAAGGGAAGAAUGUAGCCUUCUAUUUUGAUUUGACCAAGUGAGCCAAAAAAAUGUAUAUGUGUACAUAUAAAAAUUCUGGAGACUCACUGAUGGGGUUAACUAAUGUACUUCCAUAACAGUUGGAUAAUUAAAAUAUGGUACACACACACAGUCUAAGGUAGCCUGGUUGGAAAGAGGAUGUUUUAGCCUUUCUGCCUUGAAAAAUGUUGGUAUGAUUUGCAUUAUAGAGGUAGCCAGCACUUUGGCAUAAAGCCAAGCCAACUGCGCACUUGAAGCAGUGUCAAAUUGAUGGAGGGAGGAGUUUGCAAGGGGCAGCCAGGAACACACCUCUGGUUGUAUGUCUUUAGUCCACAUAUUAAAUCUCUUCCUGUUCAUCUGCUCCCUGGAGCUUUCAUGCUGGUAUCCACCUCUAGCAGGGAGGGAGGAUAAUUGCAGCAACACUGCAAAGGCUUGUUCCCCCAGCCCACCUCAGUGAACAUUUGGCCUGAGUCAUUCUCCAACCCCGAACUCCUUGUUCUAGGGACUUCUCAGAGGUCUGGGCUCUGUAUUUUGUAAGCUAAAAUUGAAAUCCUCCACAAAGGCAACCGAAAUAAGUUGUGCCAAUCAAGUAAAACCAUAUAGGACUGCAUAUUUUUGUAUAAGUGAUUCAUAAACUAGCCUGUGACCACCACCAAAAAGCCCUGCUCUCAGCCUCAAGUCCAGUUUCUCUGUUUCCCAGGCAGGCUUUCAGGUGUCUCUUAGCAACCCUAAGGGCUAUAAACUUGCAUUUUUAAACACUUUUUAUUUAAGGUGUUUAUAUCCUGCAGUUUCAACUGUUGCUGUCAAGAUGGGUAAAGCAGAGAGCUGCAGGAUAGUGAAUUCUGUAUCUGGUAUUGGGUGUGGAAUACACCUCACCUUUUCAGAAUGUGUUUGGAGAUUUUGUUGAGGCUUCACCUAAGGUGUUUAUUGUCCUAACCUGGACAGUCCAGACAAGCCUGAUCAGAUUUCAGAAGCUAAGCAGGGUCGGUUCUAAUCAGCACUUGGAUGGGAGUCCACUACAGAAGUCCAGGGUUGCUGCACAGAGGCAGGCAAUGGCAAAACACCUCUGUUCGUCUCUUGCCAUAAAAACCCUAUGUAGUCACUCUACGUGGGCUGUGACUUAAUGGCCCUUUCCACCACCGAGGUGUUUAUCUGAUUGUUUGCGGGCCCAUAUGGUUGAUGGGAGGAGCUGUAAAUGGAUGGUAUGGUACUUGCAAAAUAGGGCUGUCCUCUGGAGUGGCUACUUGGGAGCUGGUUAUCGUAGUGGCUGAAAUAAUAUGCUGUGAGGUAUUCUUCUCAUCUGCGAUCUCACUAGAUAGCCUUAGGCAGGAUGUCCUCUCAGCCUCAGAGCUGCUGAACUGUCAAUGUCAGGUAAAGCACUUAAAAUCCUGUAUAAAAGCUAAACGGUAUUAUUCAACCCCCUCCUUGUGCCCCCCCCUUACUGGCUUGUCCCAGAUUUUGAGAGCUAAAAACUCAGUGUCAUGGGCUUGGAAGGACUGGCUAACAGUAGCUGAAAUAAAAAUGUAUGUGCAACUUGUUUGUAAGUGAGGAUAUUUUGGAUUUUUAAGCUACCUUUUAAAAUUUCCAAAUCAACGUGCAAUGCAAUAAAAAGAUAAUCAAAAGAUUAAUAAAUAAUUAAAAUGCAAGUAUCACAA